ACUCCUAAUUCUCAAAAGAAACCCAGAAAGAAAGUUACAAAAAACACUAAAGCUCCUCAACCAAACCAACAUUCCAAUUCCCGUGUUACUUGGACAAUGGAGGAGGAUGUUGCUCUAACAAAGGCGUGGUUGUAUGUAACCCAAGAUGCAAUAACCGGAAGAGAUCAGCCCUCUGAUAGAAUGUGGAAUCGCAUUUGGGGUGUUUGGAGAGACAACAUGGUGAAUCCCGAUGGGCGAGGGUGGAACGCCUUAAAAUGUCACUGGAAAGGGAUACAAACACAAGUGUGCAAGUUCCAUGGUAUCUACGAAAUGUUGGAGAGGCAUCCCCCAAGUGGAAACAAAUUGCAGGACAUAGUAAUGGAAGCUAAGUUUUUGUUUGAGGGAAAUGAUAAAGGACCAUUCAAGUAUGAACAUUGUUGGGAAAUAAUGAAAGCCAACCCAAAAUGGUGUUCUCAACAACUCACCUUAGCUAAUUCUUCAAAGAAAUUGAAGGUACUUGAUGGUGACUCAGUUGACACCGGAAAUGCAUCUGUACCUAACAAUGAAGAAGAAUAUCUAGAUGUUGAUGAGGUUGAUCGAGGUCCUGGAAGGAAGAAAGCUAAAGAGAAUGUCCAGAAAAUGCAUGAUCAAAAAGCUGUAGUUGAUAUGCUGAGUAGUUAUAAAAGUACUCUUGAAAAACAACAUGCCAUCAAUCAACAAAAUAUGGAAUGGAGGGAACAAAUGUUUAAAAAAGAUUUUGAAUUGCGAGAAAAAUCUCAGAAAUUGAAAGAAGAGACUCAAAAGAGUAGUGUCAGUCUUUUGAAUGAAUCAGGAGCACACCUCUACUACAAUUUCCAAAGUGGGAACUACUUCGAAUACCAGGUCUUUGAUAUUGGGUCUCGCUCGCAGUCUGUAAGAGAAGCGGUUGCAUUACCUACCUCGUUUUUUAGAGAACAAUUAGAGCCUCGCCCCGAUUGCGAUAAAGUUACAGAAAAUGAACUGAAAACUGAAAGGUGA